CAGCAGCAGUGCAGGAGAGCGCAUCAUCCAUCUUCUGGGAGAGCACGAAAGCACCAGCCAUCUAACCACCGACGACAAAGAGAAGAAAAACAUCCGCCAUCAUGGGCGCGGUUCUGGGAUUGUGCUCCAUGGCGAGCUGGAUCCCGUGUUUGUGCGGCAGCGCCCCCUGCCUGCUGUCCCGAUGCUGCCCCAGUGGAAACAACUCCACAGUGACCCGCCUCAUCUACGCCUUCUUCCUGCUGCUGGGAGUGGGUGUGGCCUGCAUCAUGUUGAUGCCCGGCAUGGAGGGUCAGCUCAAAAAGAUUCCUGGUUUCUGCGUAGGCGGCUCUGGCUCGUCCAUCCCGGGCGUCGAGGGCCACGUGAACUGCGACGUGCUGGUCGGCUACAAGGCGGUGUACCGCGUCUGCUUCGGCAUGGCGCUGUUCUUCCUGCUCUUCUCUCUGCUCAUGAUCAAGGUGAAGAGCAGCCACGACCCCCGGGCGGCGCUGCACAACGGGUUUUGGUUCUUUAAGUUCGCCGCAGCUGCCGGCAUCACCAUCGGGUCCUUUUUCAUCUCGGACGGCUCCUUCACGACUGUGUGGUUCUACAUGGGCAUGGCCGGAGCCUUCUGCUUCAUCCUCAUCCAGCUGGUGCUGCUCAUCGACUUCGCCCACUCCUGGAACGAGUCCUGGGUGGAGAAGAUGGAGGAGGGCAACUCCCGCUGCUGGUACGCAGCGCUGCUGUCCGUCACGGCGGUGAACUACCUGCUGUCCCUGGUGUCCCUGGUCAUGUUCUACGUCUACUACACCCACUCCGAGGGCUGCACCGAGAACAAGGUCUUCAUCAGCAUCAACAUGCUGCUGUGCCUGGGGGCCUCCGUCCUGUCCGUCCUGCCUCCCAUCCAGGAGUCUCAGCCGCGGUCCGGCCUGCUGCAGUCCUCCCUGGUCACCCUGUACACCAUGUACCUGACCUGGUCGGCCAUGACCAACGAGCCCGAUAGGAAAUGCAACCCGAGCCUUCUGGGUAUUAUCGGGCUGAACAGCACCAGCCCUGCGGGCCAGGACCACGCGGUUCAGUGGUGGGAUGCCCAGGGCAUCGUGGGAUUGAUCCUCUUCCUCAUGUGUGUCCUCUACUCCAGCAUUCGUAACUCGUCCAACGCCCAGGUGAACAAACUGACUCUGACCAGCGACAAGUCGGCCCUGAUCGAGGACGGGCCGGCGGCCGACGGCUUCGAGGAAGGCGGCGGCGGCGGCUCCAACCGAGCCGUGGACAACGAGAAGGACGGCGUCACCUACUCCUACUCCUUCUUCCACUUCAUGCUCUUCCUGGCGUCGCUCUACAUCAUGAUGACGCUCACCAACUGGUACAGCCCUGACUCGCACUACCAGGCCAUGACCAGCAGGUGGCCGUCGGUGUGGGUGAAGAUCUCCUCCAGCUGGAUCUGCAUCGCCCUCUAUGUGUGGACGCUGGUGGCGCCGCUGGUCCUGGUCAACAGAGACUUUGACUGACCGCGCCGCUCCGCACAGACACGUCAUGCUCUGCUUCACCUGUGUUUUUGUUUCAGCAAAAGUCAGUGUUAAAAAAAACAACUAAAUAAAAUCACUAGCUCAUUAGCCUCACCCCCCCCCCCCCCACCCGGCAUCCAGCUGCAGCAGAGGGGCCAGGGGGCCCUUCCAGGACUGAUUGGUUCAGGGGGGCCGCGGGCUCGCGGCUUCAGCUCUCGGCGUCUCUGCUGCAGCGUCAUUGUGAAUCCUCAGCAGCCUGUUGUAGUAGUGGUGUUGCCCCCCCCCCACUGUUUGCCAUUGUAAAUACGUCCCGUGUAUUCCUAGCGGAUGAUUUUAAUUUUCUUUCCAUAAACAGAGCCGCAUGCUUUUUUUCUUGUAACAAAAAGAAGUAACUAACGUGACGUGAACAACGGCUGAGAGACGCUCGCGUGAGGACGGUGGCCGACGGCGGUACUGCAGGUGGAAGCGCCGUUACGUGGGAAUCGAGUGCUCGGCUUGCGUCGGAUGGGUUCAGUUGUCUAUGAGCACGACUCCAGCUGUGGCAGAUGUGUACCUGUGUGUUCUGCAGCUUGCACGUACACGACAAAAGGCAUUCCCAUUUUUGUGUUGCUUUAAAAUGUCAAAUUUAAAAGUUAUGGAUCAAUUAUUUGGUAGUGUUGUAGCAUGUUGUUUCCGGCACACGCGUGUUCUGUGUGCAUUCGUAUGAUUACCCAAACCUGUGCUUGGAUCCCAAUAUGUUUUAGUAUUUUUUUUCCUUCCCUCCCGUCAUUUAAAGUAUACUGUAACUCGUUUAAUAAACGGAGGUCAAGGAGGUCGAGUGUGCGUCGUUCCUUCCCGCCGGCUCGUUAAGGACGAGGAGACGGAGACGAUUUUAUAAUCAGUCCCUCGGCCGGCCGACUCCGCUGUUGCUAUGACGACCUCAUCACUUCAACCCCUCUCGUCAUCCGCUAGGAGUGAUACCGAAUGUCCACGACGUCGUCCCACUGCGUCGUUAUCCAGUAGAGUGCAAAUAAAUAAAUAAAUGGUUCUCAUGAAA